CCAUUGCCCCCACAUGAACACCAGAACUCUGCGUUUCUUGUCUCGAUCGCUUCUACUCUACCAUACAACUCAUCGUUCAUUCACCACCACAGCAAUAAAAAUGUCCGCCCCCUCCCUCCCCCACCAAAUCAUCUCCUCCCUACGUUCCCUCCACCAACCCCUCCCCCUCGCAACAGCCGAAUCCUGCACCGGCGGCCUCAUCGCAAACGAACUAACCGAUAUUCCCGGGUCCUCCGAAGUCUUCCGCAUCGGCGUUGUAGCGUACUCGGAAGAGGCGAAAGAGGGGGUGUUGGGGGUUGCACGGGAGACGAUUAGGGAAAAGGGAGUUGUUAGUGAGGAGGUUGCUGUUGAGAUGGCCAAAGGCGCACGACUACAAGCCCUCAAAACCCUCUCCGAUUCAACACCAAACCUCGCCUACGGCAUCUCAACAACCGGCGAACUCGGCCUCGGCUCCCAACAAGACACAGCUUGGCUCGCAAUCGUUGGUCCCGAAGAAUCACGCAUAAGAACGAAAUUAUUGAAGGGCGACCAGAUCAGAUGGGAUCGGAAGACGAAUAAGUUGGUUACAGCGUAUGAGGCGUUGGAGCUAUUGAGAGAGCAGAUUGAGGGGUGGAAGAAAGACUCAGAUUAAGCAUAGGGUAUAAAGAGUUCUGCAUGUAGCCCUUAAAGUUGUGACGACUAAUAUCAUGAAGUACACUAACUCCAUACUA